UCAACACAAGCAAGGGUCUCUGCAUGGCUUGCUGUCGUCGACUUGAGCAAGGGCGAAGAGUUGCAUGAGGUGGCAGUAGGUGAGAGGGUCCACCUCGGGCAGCGUGACGGUCUGCUGCUCCUUCUCUCUGCGAUGGCCCUCGCCGUCGAGGAGGCACGAGAAGAAGGGGUACUUGACGAGAUCGCUCUUAAGCGAGAAGAACGUUUGCUGCUUGCCGUCGCGGCCCACGACCACCUUCACCACGCCCUCCUCACAGUCUGACGCAGCCCCGGGCUGAGCCAUCAUCGAUGGGGACGGUCCCUGCAGGCACGAUACAUGUAUAUACAUGAUGAAGGCAAUGGCAUACAGAAGCACUUCUGAAUCAUUACCUGAUGCUGCCUCUAUUGUGCUGCCCUGCGCGUGCCAGUGUC